GCAGUACUGAGAGGUGGCAAGCCCCUCGCUAGGUUCCCAAAUGCAGCUGACGUCACAGUAGGUCUUGUCCCUCUGGAGACUGUUGGGAGGUGGGGCCAGAAUGAGAGUCCUCUGGACACUUGAGGAGGGCGGUGUGGAGUAGAGGAGCGAAGGCUGGUGUUUGAUACGCUCGCUUUGAGCGCACAUUUAGAGUUAGACAUGGACUUUCAUAGAAGGAAGUUAGAUUCCUCAUAUACUUAAGUUUUUGUCUUUGUAAUUUUUUUUACUCAUACAGACCGGGUUGUCUGUGAGAGAGGUAUCAUAGGGAGGGAUUCUAGCCAGGUGUUAGACAAUAUGAUGUCGGCAGGGCCUAUUCCAAAUGGAAAUAGAUGCUCAAUUUAAAGUAUUUAAACACUGCGGGCAAACAAGAAAUAUGACACUGCCAGGAUCCUGUCUCUCGAAGAAGCUAUUGGAGAAUUUUGAUGAGCUAGUUGCCACAUUGCCCAAUGGUGUUCAGCCUGGGCCUGAUUUUUAUGGACUGCCGUGGAAGCCUGUACUUCUCAGUGUCUUCUUGGGAAUUGUUUCAUUUGCCAUUUUCUUCUGGAGAACUAUUCUUGUUGUCACAGAAAGAAUAUAUCAAGUUACUGAACAGCAAAUUUAUGAAAAGUUAAAGAAUAUGAAGAAAGAAAAUGAAGACCUAGUGCAAAAAGUGUCAAAUUUUGAACAGAAGAUAAUAGAAAUGAAGAACUCUGUAGAGAAGUUAAAGGCUGUUAUUUCAAUGAAUGCUUCAGAAUUUUCACAGGUUCAAAUUGCUCUUAAUGAAGCUAAGCUUAGUGAAUGCAAGGUGAAGUGUGAAUGCCAUCGGGUUCAGGAAGAAAAUGCUAGGCUUAAGAAGAAGAAAGAGCAGCAGGAAAUCCAAGACUGGAGUAAAUCACAUGCUGAGCUCAGUGAUCAAAUAAAAUCAUGUGAGAAGUCCCAGAGAGAUAUAGAAGUAGCUGUUACUCACAAAGAUGAUGAUAUUAAUGCUUUGACUAAUUAUAUUACACAGCUGAAUCGGAUAGAGCUUGAAUCGGAAUGUGAGGGUCAAAAUGAAGGAGGAGGUGACCAGAGUGUGAAGGUGAAAACUCGAAUUAAGCAGCUGAUGGACGUCUCUCGGACACAAACUGCAAUAUCACUAGUUGAAGAGGAUCUAAAACGUUUACAACUGAAGCUCAGAGCCUCGAUGUCUGCAAAGUGUAACCUAGAAGACCAAAUAAAGAAAUUAGAAGAUGACCGCAAUUCACUCCAAUCCGCUAAAGCUGGGUUGCAAGAUGAGUGCAAAACUCUGAGUCAGAAAGUGGACAUUUUAAAUGAACUGUACCAGCAGGAGGAGAUGGCUCUGCACAGGAAACUGAGUCGACAAGAGUGUGAGAGACAAGAAAGAGCACAGCGGCUGUCAGCUGCAGAUGAAAAGGCAGUUUUGGCUGCACAGGAAGUUAAAACUUACAAGUGCAGAAUUGAAGCAAUGGAGGAAGAAAUACAGAAAGCAGAGCGCUCAUUUAAGAAUCAGAUUGCCACUCAUGAGAAGAAAGCUCAUGAUAACUGGCUCAAAGCUCGUGCUGCAGAAAGAGCUAUAGCUGAAGAGAGAAGGGAAGUUGCUAAUUUGAGACGCAAAUUAUUGGAAAUGACCCAAAAGAUGGCAAUGCGGCAAGAUGAACCUGUGAUUCUAAAACCUAUGGCGGGAAGAGCAAAGACACAACACCCUCCCCGGAGAGGUCCACUGAGCCAGAAUGGGUCUUUUGGCCCGUCCCCUGUGAGUGCUGGAGAAUGUUCCCCUCCACUGAUAGCAGAGUCAGCUGGGAGACCUGUCUCUGCUACUCUGAAUGGAAGAGAUAUGGGUAGAAGUGAAUUUGGGUCAAUGGAUGGACCUUUUCCUCAUCCUCCAUGGUCUUCUGAAGCAUCUGGGAAACGCUUUGCCUCUGACCCAGGACGUGGUCCAGCUCACGUGAACAGCAGCUCCAGGAGCUCUUCUCCAGCCAAGGUGAUGGAUGAGGGCAAGGUGAAUAUGGCUACCAAAGGUCCCCCUCAUUUCCCAGGAGUAUCUCUCAUGGGCUCCCCUGUGGGAGGGCCCCUACCACCACCUGUUCAAUAUGGACCACCACCUCGGCCACUUCCUGGGCUACUUCCUCAGCCACUUCAGCUCGUUGGGCCUUUUGGACCUCCACCAUUUGGUCCUGGUGUGCAUCCACCAGUAUGCUUAAGAGAAUAUGCACCAGGUGUUCCACCUGGAAAACAGGAUCUGCCUCUUGACCCUUGGGAAUUUUUACCAGGAUGCACACCACUUAGACCUUUAGGUUCAUUUGGUCCAAGAGAGUACUUCAUUUCUGGUAUCCAAGUACCACCCCCAAACCAUGGUCCCCAAUACUACUCACUUUCACCUGCUGCAAGAGACUUGACACCUUCAGGCUCUAGAGAUGAGCCUUCAUCUGCCUCUCAGAGCAGUAGCCAGGACUGUUCGCAGGCUUUAAAACAGCCUGUAACCAUGACCUCUGACACUUAGUCAGAAUGUGGACUGUGCACUCCUCAUUGUGUAAAGGGAUUAUUGGCUUUAAAAUCCAAAAGUUUUAAGGGUUCAUUUUUAGAGGUAAGCUGUCUUGGCAGUGUGUGCAUUUUUGAGCCAAAAAAUUCUAAAGUAUCAUUCCCCUUUUAAAUAAUGAUCACCACUUAAUCUAAUGUAGCCUUCCAACUUUGAAGUGUGCAAUAAGGAAUACCUGUGUUUUAGUUAAUGUAGCAUAUAUAAUUGCUAAAUGAUUUAGAAUGUCAUAAAAUAUGAACAUUUCCUGUGGAAAUGCUUUAAGAACAUGUAUUUCCAUUAUCCUAUUUUGAGUGCAGUCCAGUUGAUUGAAAGCAAUGGUGUUCACAAGCUUGAUGUUUCUGUCGUAACAUCUGGUCACAGAUUGUUUUGCUAAAAAUGUUUUUUCAACUUAUUUCCUAAACUUAUUUCCCUUCUUGCUGAAGUUCUUUGUAGUG